AUGAAUUACACACUUCAAAAAUGCAACGAGACCGGCUUGAAUGUUGGUGUUGCCAUCCUCGAGUAUGAUCUGGUCCCGAGCCAGCGCUAUCCCCGGCAGAUGAUACAGGCUAUCAGCGCCUUCAAAGCUGUUUUGGCUUGCGGAUACACUCCUGGUGAUAUCCUUAUUGGCGGUGACUCGGCCGGUGGUCACCUGGCUUUAUCACUCUUAUCUCACCUCCAUCACCCGCGGCCAGAGGUUGACCUGAGUAUUAGCCUCGAGACCCAUCUUCGGGGCUGUUUUGUGGUAUCUCCUCUUCUCAGUCUCAACAGCCUCACAACCCGAUCAUAUCGCCAGCGGUUCAGUGUCGACUCUCUUUCCUACAAGACAAUUCGUGAAUGGGGUGAUCAUCUGAUUGGCCAUUCACCUUGGCGUGAAGAAACCUGUCAGGGUCUCGGCUGGGGUAUGACACUUGAUGUCCCCGAGAAUUGGUGGCAGGAUUUGAAAAUUGUAGACCACAUCUUAGUAACUGGUGGCCAUGAGGAGCUCUUCCGAGAUCAUAUCAUUCAGUUCGUUGACGUGCUUAAACGAAGGUCUUCUGCCGAUUUGACUGCAUACAUUGCAAUAGACGAGGCUCAUGACGGCCCACUCAUGGAUUUCCGUGCACAUCGUCAGCCUGGGAGCUCGACGAACGCAGUCACGGACUGGAUUAUCUCAACCUUGUCCAGUAAGUUAUGA